CAUCCUGGCGGUGCUUGAAUCCGAGAAGAAAGGAAGUGAAGACAUCAAAUCGAACCAGUCUAUGUGACAAGUGAUGCAAAGCGUUUUUUUCGGAUUUUCUUUGUUUCGGAGCAUUGUCUAUACUCGGAAACCCGAGAAAGCCUGCCAUUAUGACAACCGAGGACGUCAAGCGAGGAAGAGCUGGGAAGCCAAAAUGUCGAACUGGUUGUAGGACUUGCAAGAGAAGAAGGAUAAAAUGCGACGAAAACAGACCUGGAUGUCAUCGUUGCCUCAAGUUUGGCAUUGAUUGCGACGGCUACGAUGCAGAAGUUUUACCACCUCAGAGGAGGCCAAAACCGGCAAUUGUCUCAAACGAAGGUCGGAUUCUACUUCCCAGGAAUCAGUUACCUAUUGAAAGAGCUUUACAAACAGCACAGAUCUUUCAUCAACCAACUAUCAUGCCGGAAAUGGAUCCGGACGAAGACUACCAAUAUUUUCAAUUCUUUCGCGACAACCGAUUUCAUGAGUUCGACGACGGAUCAUGGAUGAGAAAUAUGAUGGCGGCAUCUCACGACCAGCCAACUAUACAACGUCUCAUCUCGUCUGUAGCUGCACUUUGUCGAGCAACGUUCUUCAAGAGUCCCGGCGAAGACCAGACCAAACAUCUUCAACACGCUUAUCGGCGGUAUGGGCAAGGGGUGGAAGGAAUCCGCCACUUGGUCUCAACAUUCGGCUUGGAUUCUGCCAAAACGUUGCUCCAAGCCUCGCUUCUCAUAUACGUCUUCGAGAUGUUGCAAGGCAACAUUCCGGAAGCGGUCUGUUUUCUGCAGAGCACAUUCGAACACUUAAUCUUGCCACGGCUUCCCAACAACAGCCAUAUUCCUUACACGCACCUGGAACCAAUCACCAAAUACGCUUGCAUGGACUCGGAAUUAUUAACCUCCUUUGCUCGCCUAGAUGUCCAAUUUUGCAGCCACCCAGACAACCCAAUUCCAUCAAGAUCCACGAUAAUAGGCAUAGCCUACACCACACAACCUUACGAAAUUCCAAGUACAUUCACAGAGAUUUGCACUGCUCGCCGUUAUCUCGAAGACAUGAUACAACGUGCUCGAGCAGGACUUCCUUCCACUUUAGCACGUGACCUGCACAAGCUGCGAAAAGAUUUACCAUUCCGAGAUGAAGAAUCGCUCUCAGAUGCAGAGACAGAUCAUCUUCAUUCGCAAAUUAAGCAGUGGCAGAGUACCUUCUCUCCAAUCUAUCAACGAAGUCUAACGCAUGAGGGCUCACACGAACUCAUCCGCGCUUCGAUCCUCUCCGUCCAAGCGGCCAACACAUCACUCAUUCUCUCACGCUUCCAUCCCCAGACCGAUCCCAACAUAGACCCUCAACUCCAGCUUCCAGACGAUGAACGAGAACGACAGACGUGUGUAGAGAUCAUCGAGAUGAGCAGAAAAGCAAUUCGGCACGAGGACUUCACCAGGGGGUUUGUGGUUCAUGAGGGUUUCUUGAGGAGUAUGUUCGUUGUUGGGUUAUUGGCUGCAGAUGAUGAUAUUAAAUAUGAGGUUUUGGCGGUUUUAGAGGAGAUGGGUGAAAGGAGAGAAGGUGUUUGGGAGGCUGAGAAGGUGAAGAGGGCUGUUAAGGCAACUUUGUCACGGUUUGAAGAGGGAGCGUUGGUGAUUAUGAGAGAGCUGUACGAAAGAGCUAUAAUCUAAGCUAUGACGAUGUGCAAUGCUUUGCGUGUGAGGAAAAUACUAUCUAACUCUCAUGUCAUGAUCAAUUAGUAAUCUCAAGCAAAAAACACAGGUUUUAACAUAGCAAGAAAAUUCAUAAUCUGGGACAUGGGGUGAACACUUGAGAGAAUUAUAAGUUC